GAAGACAAACAGUGUUUGGAUUGAAGCUAGUGCGUUAGGCUUUCUCUUCGUUUGCACUUUUCAAGUGGAUCAGAAGUCGAAUAUUUCGGUGAAACAGUUUUAUUUUUGUUGCUUUGCGUUUUUAGGUGUUUUAUUUACAUUUCGUCCAGUUAAAGUAACUCGCUAGCUACUUUAAAAGCGUGUUAGUUAGCAAGGUUUGCCACAAGUGCGCUGAAAAUGGAGGACUACAACAGGCCUUCGUCUUAUCUCGAUGACCCCCCGAACAGUCGACUGUUUCUGGUCACCAGCAAAUCGAUCACCGAGGACACUAUUCGGGAGCGUUUUGCCCCUUUCGGUGAAGUCCAAGACAUUUGGGUUGUAAAAGACAAACAGACAAAAGAGUCUAAAGGAGUUUCUUUUGUGAAAUUCGCUAAAUCCUCACAGGCGUGUAACGCCAUGGAGGAAAUGCACGGCAAGUGUCUGGUGGAAGGAACCAAACCCAUUAAGGUGUUUAUCGCCCAGUCCAGAUCUUCUGGGAGUCACAGAGACGUGGAGGAUGAGGAACUGACCAGAAUCUUUGUCAUGAUUCCCAAAACAUUUACUGAAGAAGACCUGAAGGAGACCUUCAAGACCUAUGGAGAUAUAGAGUAUGCCAUUGUCAUAAAAAAUAAAUCUACAGGUGAGAGUAAGGGUUUGGGCUAUGUCCGAUUUCACAAACCCUCUCAGGCUGCCAAGGCUAUAGAGAACUGUGACAAAACUUUCAGAGCUAUUCUUGCUGAACCAAGGACAAAAAACUCCUCAGCUGACAACGACUAUUUCAGCAAUCAAAGAUCUGAUCAUGUAGGAAAUGAGCCAGGCUUAAGUGCCUACCCAUUUGGUGCAGAAUCUAGUAGUUACGCUGCUGGAGAUGGCUGGAACUCGGACAUGAUAACUAGGUGUCUGAUGGUGUCGUCGCGUGUGCCUGUUGCACAGGAGCAGAUUUACAGCCUGUUUGAUCUGAUCCCAGGAAUGGAAUACUGUGAGAUGCAGAGAGACCAAUAUGGUUUCAGUAAAGGCCAGGCUAUGAUUCGCUACAGUAAUUUGGGAUCUGCUGUGUAUGCUAAAGAAAAACUGAAUGGCUUUGAGUAUCCACCUGGAAACCGACUUUCUGUGGCUUUCAUUGAUGAUGGAGAGGACAGGACCAGCCCAGUAGGAAAGAUGGCCAUGCAGUUGGUUGCAGCUCAGAUGAUGUCUAUGGUGUGGAACGGCCCCUCUGGAGCUCAACUAAUGAAGACCACUGCAGGUUAUGCAGCUUCAUCGUUGCCCCAGAAACCUCGUGUACAGACGGAUGUUGUCCUCCCCUCUCAUAAGAAACUGGCUGCUCCUGACAGUGUGGUCAAAGAGAGGCUUUUUGUCAUCUUCAACCCCUCCCCAUUGCCAGUGGACAUACUUGAAGAUGUGUUUUGUCGUUUCGGCUCUUUAGUGGAGGUGUACCUGGUACCAGGCCGGAAUGUGGGCUACAUUAAAUAUGCGGACCGAAAACAUGCGAACGAUGCCAUGGCAGCACUUCAUGGCAAAGUGGUAAACGGUGUGAAAAUGAAGGUCAUGCUUGCUGAUCCACCUAAAGAGGAGUCCCACAAGAGGCAGAGAACUUACUGAUGCAGCUUCCACAUUGGCAUAAGGUAGGUCACAACUUCUGGUAAGGCAUCACCUUUAGUUCCAUCUCAUUGUCUGGCUAACAGUUAUCUCAUGCAGGUGUUUGUUAAUAUUAAGUUACAUUGAGAUGAGACAAAGUUACACUAAAUCAGAAACACACAAACCAACACCAUGAUGUCAUGUUUCAUUAAAGCUAUUUACCGGGUAAAAAAAUGUAUGGACAAUUUUAAUCAUUCCUUAGAUUUUUUUUAAUUAGACUUUUUUGACUCUAAAUUAAAUUUUAACUUAUUCUCAUUGUACAUUCUCUUUAAAUUUCUGUGUGCUUGUAAUCAAGUAACAUUCUCUUUCACUGAUGUCUUGUCUCUGCCUGAGACCAGGCAUAAAGAAAACCUAUUUAUCUUUUGCAGGUCAGAUAAACAGUCUACUUCAAUACUGUGCUAAUGAUUAUUUACUUUUUUAUUACCAAUUACUGAAUGAAAGAUGAAAUUAGAUUAAAAUAUCAUGCUUAAAAAGAACAAUGAUUAUCAUGUGGGUGAUUCCAUAAUCUGAUGUAUUUGCUUAUUUGUUUGAGAUUUUCACUUUUAAAUGACCAAUCUGCGUUCUUUCGUUUUUCUAGUGAUAUUCACUAACCUUUUUAGGCCCUUAAGGCACGAUUCUGCUCGGUGGAUAAAGCCUGACAAACACAAGUGCAUGUCUAUAUCCAUUCACACACAGGAAGCAGGUCUCACAGCAGGGUGUGCUUGUAUAACUGGUUUGCUGUCUUUGUUCCUACAGAGUUUAAGUGACAUGACGCAUGACUUCGACAUGACUGGACGGAUUUUUACGAUGACACGACCUCAUAGCUACGGACAGUGACUACUGUACAUAUGCUGUUUGAUGUUUUGCUAUGCGGAUGAUUGCUAUGUCUCCUUUAAUACUGUAUUCUUUUUUUCGUAUAUGUAAUUGUGAAAUACACCUAUAAGCGGUGUACAUUUAAAGACUGUGAAGACAAAGACAGAACAGACACCAGACAUUGCUGUUUGCGUUUUCAUGUAAAUGAUCUUACUACUAAUAAAAAAAAAAUAAUAAUCCA